GCUGCUGAUUCUCACACAUGAUCAGUGACUCUGAGAGGAAUAACGUGAGGAAUAUCUGGAGGAGGAAUAAAGCAGCACUGAGGAAUAUUCACGUUUGAUUUGAUCCGUCAUGAGCUCGUAAAACAUCAUCCGAACAGCAGGAAUCAUGGAAAGACUCUCAGCGCUGCUGCUGCUCAUCACAGUUUUAGGUUUGGGCGGAGCUUCAGAGUUGGCCUUCAUCAAAGAACCCAGUGAUGUCAUCGCAGUGAGGGACCGCCCCCUCAUGCUGGACUGUCAGGUAGAGGGGGAGGGGCCUAUCACCAUCACCUGGCGACGGAAUGGCGUUCCCGUUCCUCUGGGAGCCAGAGCAGCCGUGCUGGAUAACGGGACGCUCCUGAUCCGGAACCUCCAGAAACGGCGUGACAGUGACGAGAGUGACGCGGGCGAGUAUGACUGUGCGGCGCAGAACCGAUACGGGCUGCUCAUCAGCCGCAAAGCACAUGUGCAGCUGGCCUCACUUCCCAAGUUCCACACGCACCCAGAAUCCAUGAGCGUGGACGAGGGCGGCGUCGCUCGAUUUCACUGCGCCGUCAGCGGCGUCCCAGAGGCCAACAUCACCUGGGAAAGAAACAGAACAGCUCUCAACGCUGAUGAUAACAGGUACACUCUCCUGCCCAACGGUAUCCUGCACAUCACAGGAGUGCGUCAGGCUGACAGCGGCUGCUACCGCUGCGUCGCUAAAAACAUCGCAAACACUCGCUACAGUCACGAGGCCCAGCUGUCAGUCACAGUCGCAGCUAAUCGUCUCUAUAAGGAGCCAGUGAUUCUCUCUGGGCCGCAGAACCUCACUCUGAACGUUCACCAGACCGCCAUCCUGGAGUGCAUCGCCACCGGAAACCCACGGCCCAUCGUCUCCUGGAGCAGGCUGGACGGUCGCUCUAUCGGCGUGGAGGGCAUCCAGGUGUUGGGCACAGGUAACCUCAUCAUCUCAGACGUGUCUCUGCAGCACUCAGGUGUGUACGUCUGCUCCGCCAACCGACCCGGAACCAGGAUGAGGAGAACCGCGCUGGGACGACUGGUGGUGCAGGCUCCUCCGGAGUUCCUGCAGUGGCCUCAGUCCGUGUCGAAGCCGGCGGGCAGCGGUGCGGUCUUCACCUGUCAGGCUCAAGGUGUUCCUGAUCCACACCUCAUCUGGCUGAAGAACGGCAAGAUCCUCACACCUGGAGACAACGUCAAACUCACCAACAACAACAGCACGCUGGCAGUGACGCGCAUCACGGCUGAAGAUGAGGCCAUCUAUCAAUGCAUCGCCGAGAACAGCGCAGGAACCAACCAGGCCAGCGCUCGUCUCGCCGUCUCUCCGUCCCUCGAUCUCCCAGAAGCCCCUCAGGACCUGACGGUCACACCGCUCUCCACCACUUCUCUACGGGUGCGCUGGACGCAGCCGGAGCCGCACGUGACGGACGGCAUCAUCGGAUACGUGCUGCACAUCCGCAAACUGGGCGAGCCGGACAGCAGCGAGCUUCAGGAAGCUGUGAGCAAAGACACGUUUCAGCACGACUUCACGAACCUGGAGGCCUCCACCACCUUCUCCAUCUAUGUGAAAGCGUAUUCACCGCUGGGAGCCAGUCAGCAGUCCAACAGCGUCAUCGCCACCACACACGGAGCCGUUCCCACGAUGCCCAGCUUCUUCACGAAGGUUCUGAACAGCACAGCGAUGCAGGUGUUCUGGGAGCUUCCAGCUAAAGCCGGUCGAGUGGAGGGAUACAAACUCUCUCAUCGCAAGCUGCCACAGCAAGAGUUCAGACACGAGGAGCGAUUCCCCGCUCACAUCAACACACACACCAUCUCUAACCUCGGUCAGUACACACACACACACACACACACACACACACACACACACACACACACACAGUAG